AUGAUGACAUCAACAUUAUGCAUCAAUCAAACACUUUUUGCCAUUUUUCUUACAAUUUUCCAUCAAAUAUUGAGAAAAGAGAAGGUGAAACGUGUGCAAACUCCAAAACGAGAGAAACUAAAAGAGAAACAGGAAAAAAGUAGCAGUCCAAAUGGCAAAAAUAAGGCUGCACCGGAGGAACAACAUACUUCAGCUGUUGAUGAUGCAGAAAAGGAAAAGAGACGUUUAAAAGAGGCGGAGGAAAAACUGGAAAAAAUAAAACCUAAAAUUAUGGAACGUAACGCUAAAGAGGAACGAAUAGCGAAAGGUAAGGAAACGCGUGGCAAAGGUGAUUAUCCAACCAUGGACGAUGUACUCAGCGAUUGGGAUUCUGAAAAAGAUGGCAAAAAGCCAAGUAAAGAGAAUGAACAAAAACAAGGAGAAAGUGGUGGUGCAGAGGAGGAUAAGAAAGAAGAUAAAGGCGAUGAGAAAAAGGAAACUGAAAGCAAAGAUAAAGAUGAUGGUGGAAGUGCACGAAAAAUUGUUUCAAACGAAAGUAAAAAAGCGAUCAAACAACGAUCAGAUAGCAUUAAAAAAGUGGACAAAACAGCUGGCAGUCAAUAA